AUGACAUCGAAUUUUAGUUACCCAACUGUAUGUCUGAAUGAUGUGGCCGAAUGGUUUAAAUUCACACGAGAUGACCUGAGGUUGACCUUCAGGGAGGUUCCAGCACUAGGGGAGGACACAGCAACACGUGACAACAUUGACCAGUACACGUGUACUCAGCCAGAACACCACAGACGCACAGAGGACGUCAUGUGCUACAAACGUCCACAUUAUCUCCCCGAGUACCAGAACCCGUGUUAUAGAGAGGCGACCACUGACCAGCUGGACACUGGCCGUAUCCGCUGCUUGCCCUACUUCCACAUACUGGGUGUAGACAAGUCUGGAACUACAGACUUUUUCUCCAGGCUGGUGGCACACCCCCAGAUCCUCAAUAACUCGGGUGAACUAGGCAAGGAGACUUCCUAUUGGGCCUGGCUUAGAUAUGGCUUAUGGAAUCACAAGAAACGCCGAAAAUGGAGAUUAUGGAAGUAUGUUCGUUAUUUUGAUAAGGCUAGCUCAGAGAUUCAAGCUUCGUUCGUGAAACAUAAUCAACAGCUAAUUACAGGAGACGGCACACCCAUGGACUUCUGGGACUUCCGUGGCUGGACGCUUGACCCCCAGAAUGCUGGUCUGACAGAGCCCAGGGUCCUGACCCCCCACUUGAUGCGGCACUUGUACAAGAACCCCAAGUUUAUCCUUCUCUUCAGAGACCCGGUCGACAGACUUUAUUCGGACUACAUCUUCCUUGGCUAUGGUUUUACAGCUGAAAAGUUUGCUAGAGACGUGCCUAAAGCUAUUGCCAUGCUCAGAUAUUGUCUACAGACUAAUACAACACGACAAUGUUUCUUUAGUGAUUGGAUGUACCAUCGGCUACCUAUGCGAAUCCACACCAGCUGUUAUUCCGUGUUUCUAAGAGAGUGGUUGUCUGUGUUUCACCGAAAUCACUUCCUGGUCUUGCGAACAGAGGACUAUCACAGCAACAUGAAGGCCACGUUAGAGCAGACGUUUCGUUUUCUACAAGUAGCCCCACUAAGUGACCCUGACCUUGAUGACGUCCUGAGGCAGCAAAUGAAGCAUGAGACGUACCUCAAGAAAACAGCAGGCGACAUGUACCCAGAGACCCGUGCUCUACUGGAAGAAUUCUUUGCUCCAUUUAACCAAGAUCUCACUCGUCUGCUACAAGAUGACAAGUUCUUGUGGAAGGACCAACCAAGAUCUCGCUCGUCUGCUACAAGAUGACAAGUUUUUGUGGAAGGACCAACCAAGAUCUCGCUCGUCUGCUACAAGAUGACAAGUUCUUGUGGAAGGACCAACCAAGAUCUCGCUCGUCUGCUACAAGAUGACAAGUUCUUGUGGAAGGACCAACCAAGAUCUCGCUCGUCUGCUACAAGAUGACAAGUUUUUGUGGAAGGACCAACCAAGAUCUCGCUCGUCUGCUACAAGAUAACAAGUUCUUGUGGAAGGACCAAGCAAGCUUGUACUACAAAGCGUUUUCUAGAAGUUUAUCAAGAUGUCACUAGACCCACUAAAUUAUCUCCAGAUGUCAUGUUGUGUCAUGUAAUGUCGUCUUUACGUGCUUGAAAUGUGUC